CAGGUAGCAACUGAGCAGGUGGCGAAGCUCGGAGGGUGCGGCUGGGUGGACGUGGCGGAGACGGCUGGGCGCGCAGGGCUGCCCCAGGAGGUUGUUGGAGUCCCGCCGUACAUCGACCCGAUGUACCUCAGCUCCGGCAAGUGCUGGCCGGCCAGCGACGUCUUCUCUCUGGGAGUCGUCGCCCUGGAGGUUCUCCUGGCGCGCCCGGCUGCCCAGCCCGCCGCCAGGGGCGUGCCAGGUGGCGGCGAGUCAGCUGACCAAGACCAGGGAGUCGACUGCACGCGGAGGCCGCGCGAGGAGCCGAUCUGGGCGCCCUUCGACGGCCUGCGGUUCGACGGGCCACAGGCCGCGGGAGAGGCCGCCGCGGCGCUCGUCCUGCGCGGUCGCCCCCGCCCCGACUGGAACGAGCAGGCGCUCGAGGGCGCCGCCCAGAUGGUGACCAGCAUGCUCUGCGUGGGCCCGCUGCAUGAAGUCGUGCCAGCGGCGUCCCCGCCGCCAGGGCGCCCGACGGCGUGGGAAGCGGCGGGCUGCUUCGAGGUCGCGGGCGUCAUGCAGGAGGACCCCGAGCGCGGCGAGCGCACGUGCGUCGUCUGUUUGGCCGAAAGAGUCGACACGCAGCUGCGGCCGUGCCGGCACUCGUGCCUGUGCGAGGGAUGCGCGCGCCAGAUGACGGCGAACCACCGCGGCUGCCCCAUCUGCCGCCAUCCAG